AUGUCUUUGCUUGAAGCAAUGUUCACGUCAUUAAAACAUAUGGCAUUACUGGUACAGACUUUAUUUGGUUAUAUUAAUGAUGGAGACUUAUCAGCCGUUGCACAUCUCCUGGAAAAACAGGCUUCGGUAGAUGAACGAGACGAGAAUGGCCAAACUGCUUUGCUGUUUGCUGCCGAUAGAGGGCAGUCAUCUAUUGUUGAUGAACUCCUUCGUAGAGGUGCAGAAGUGGAUUCUCAGGAUGAGGAUCAGUGGACAGCUUUAUUAUGUGCAUCAAGACAAGGUUAUGAUCAGAUCGUUAAAAAACUACUAGACGCUGGUGCUGAUAUUGAACAUCAAGAUAUGGGUGAAUGGACUGCCUUGAUGUGGGCAUGUUAUAAAGGUCGUACAGCAACAGUCAAGCUGUUGCUAGAAAAGGAUGCAAAUCCGAAUAUCCAGGUUCAGCAUGGUGUCAUGCCUAUCAUAUGGGCUGCAGGGCGUGGUCAUUGGGAGAUCGUAGAAUUGUUGUUGGAGUAUGGUGCCAAGGUAGAUUCUACUGACAGGCAUGGCACUACAUCUUUAGUAUGGGCUGCCAGGAAAGGUCAUUUACGAUGCGUACAAAUCCUAUUAGAUGCCAAUGCUAAUGUAGAUGUAACUGGGAUGAGAUCAUGGACCCCACUGAUUGCAGCCACUAAAGGCGGUCACUUCAAUUGUGUGCAGGAAAUAAUCUCCAAAUCACCUAAUUGUAAUGCCCUGGAUGUGGAUGGACAUACUGCACUGAGUAUUGCAGCCAAAGAAGGCCACACUGAUAUUGUAUGUGUAUUACUAGAUUCCGGAGCAUAUGUUAACUUACAAGAUAGGAACUCUGAUUCCAUUCUGAUCAGUGCAGUAAAAGGCGAACAUGUUGAAGUUGUCAAGUUACUUAUUGAAAAAUUUGUUGACGUAGAUGUUGUAGGAGCUGAUAGAAAGACAGCAUUACAUUGGGCUGUUGAGAAAGGAAAUGUUGAAAUUGUGGAAGCUUUAUUGGAAUGUGCACCUAACACUGAAACAUAUAGCAAGAGUCAUGAAACUCCAUUGAUUAAAGCCUCUCGAAUUCGAAAUACUAAAAUUGUAAGAUUGUUAUUAGAUAAUGGUGCCAAGGUGUCUGCCACAGACAAGAAAGGAGAUACAGCAUUACAUAUCGCAAUUCGUGGAAGGCACAAAGCUAUUGCAGAAUUACUUCUAAGAAACCCCAAAGAUGGUCGCCUUUUAUACAGACCUAACAGAGCUGGAGAAACACCAUAUAAUUUAGACUGCUCAAAUCAGAAGAGUAUACUAACACAGAUAUUUGGAGCAAAGAGUUUUACAAUCCAUGAUAAUGACCAGAGUAUGUUGAGUGAUCUUUACAGCAGCUCAUUGGCCGACAUCCUGAGUGAACCUACGAUGGCUCCACCAAUCACUGUAGGGCUGUUUGCUAGGUGGGGCAGUGGCAAGUCUUUCUUGUUGAAAAAACUUCAAGAUGAAAUGAAAUUAUUUGCUGAACAAGACCUAAUGCCAGUGUAUUCAUUUUCUGCACUGUCUGUGAUAUUAGUUUUCAUCAUUGGUAUCACGCUAGGGUUGAUACUAGGAUUCACUGUCAACUAUAUUGUUGGGCUUAUAUUGGGUAUUAGUGUCACAGUGCUUCUCAUUAUAUUUCUUAAUAUAAACGAUCUCAAUUAUCUAUUUUAUCAUGUCGACUUUCUUUUAGUCAUUGUACAUUUUGUAUCAAAGAUGAAAAGAUGGGUCCCUCUGAGUAUAGCUAUGGCAAGACAUCUUGGUUAUUUACAGUUACUGCUCAAAGUGUGUUUUUGCAAUCCUCCAAAACUGCCACCGCAGACUAGUCAAGCUCUGCCUAUCAGGUUUCUAUUCACUGACUAUAAGCGAUUAACCAGAGUUGGAGGAGAGACAUCAUUGGCAAGGAUGAUUGGCACUUUGUGUGAUGUAGCUGAGAUGCAAUUUGGUUUCCUAGUAACCAGGCUAUACAGGGUCUUUAAGACAAAAGCUGAUCACACUUUCCAUGAUGGAUAUUUUCGGCGUUUAUGCUGCAUACCGAUAUUUCUGAUUGUACUGGUUGUGGUGAGUUGUAUAAUAAUGGGUUUAGUGCUGCUCGCUGCCAACAAUGGUGUGCCUGAUAACAAAGUCAUACAGGGAAUCCUUAUUUCAUUACUCGUCAUCAUCUGCAUCGCCACGCUGACCAACAUCAAGACUCUGUCCAAAAUCGUAUACUCGCUCAUUCAGUCCCAGAGGAAACGUGUCUUGAAAGCUGCAAAAAACUUGGACAGCCUCAAACAGGAAGGUUUCAUGCGUAUCUUGAAACAAGAAGUGGAGUUAAUGGCUGAGAUGGUGAAGUGUAUUGAUGCGUUUUCAAAGACUCAGACACGCUUGGUUGUAAUUGUGGAUGGGCUUGACAGCUGUGAACAGGAGAAGGUGCUGCAGGUGUUAGAUACUGUUCACGUCCUCUUCUCUUGGCACCAAAGCCCUUUCAUUACCGUCCUCGCUAUCGAUCCACACAUCAUCAUCAAAGCAAUUGAAUUAAACUUUGAUAAAGUCUUUAGGGAUGCAGACAUCAAUGGACAUGAUUACUUGAAAAACGUUGUACAACUGCCAUUUUACAUGGAAGGUGGGUUUCAAAAAAUGCACACGUACGAGUAUAGUGAAGACUACACUGAUGGUGAUGAACCAAAACGUGUUGUUGGUAACCACAUUGUUGACUUGCCUUCAGCUGAAAUUUCUCCACACAGGAAGACAUCAAGACAAUCCUCACACCAGUCAUUAAAUCAUCGUCUUUCACCAGUGUCAGAGACUGCAAGGAAACUAUUAAAAGAACGUACUUUCAGUCGACAACUCUCCACUAUGUUUGACCUGACUAAAUUACUUUCUAAGAGCGAUCAGUUUGGUGGGUUAAAUCCUAGGAGUAUGAGGAGGUUGUUAAAUAUUGUUUCAAUUACAGUACUCGGUUUCUACCAUGUUGAAAAUCUUUCUUGUUUUCUUGGUUUGGUGCACAGGUCGUCUUUUAAGAGCUCGUACAAUAGAGUUUAA